AAACUUGCGACCUGUAACUUGAAACUAAGAAGAUAUAUAUGAUCUAGUGCCAGACUUCAACCCUUUACAAUGUUCAUCUCCAUGCUCGUGACAAGGAAUUCUGGAUUAGUGCAAAUAACGUUAAAUGUUGUAUGAUUAUAAAUGUGUGCUUGUAAAGGAAUUCUGGACUAGUGUCUAAGUUGUCUGUCAUACGAUUAUAAGUCUUACUACAAAGUUUAAAGACGAAUAGCUAGAAGAUGGUUGGAAGCAGAUUGCCGUGCCCGUUUGGUUGCGGAGACGGCCUCUUCAGAUCGAAAGCGCGAAGAAGACAUGUUCAUAAGCGGCAUGGACCAGUUCCAGACUUUUGUACAACCUGCAAAGAACCUUUUCUCUACCAGGGCUUUGAACAGUCACAAUAAGCAUAAACAUUCCAAUACGAAAAUUCUGGCACAAAGAUUCGAGAGUGUGACCAUUUAUGAGAGAAACCAAGUUCCAUCAACGUUUGCUCCAACAUCAGUUGACUUGACAACCAAUGGACCGAGUACAGAUUUGUAUUCGGUAACAGACCUGGAUGAUUUUAUUUCUUCGGAGAUCCAGCCGGAUAGCUCGUUUCUGGCAGGGACCAGUCAGUCAGUUGACCAUCUUGUGACUUUACUUCAACAUAACGUACCUGCUCGACUUCGGCCGUCUCGAGUUAUUAAGGGAGGUUCGCUUGGCAAAGGAACGGCUGUUAAAGGCAAAUCGGAUAUUGACAUGACUCUGAUUAUGUCAAAAUACUCUAACGUUCGCGAUCUAGUACGUGACAUGCCUGAUAUUCUGAGUGAACUAGAAGAGUCAUUGCAACAUGUCCCCGAAAUAUCAGUGGAUGGUAAAACAAGGCAUGCCGUGCAGAUAUCAUUUGGCGAAUCGUCGGUGGAUAUUUUGCCAGCUGUUGAUGUUACAAAAGAAAUCACUUUAGACGAAGUAUAUAGGAAAAUGACCGGAUCGGAUGCAUCCGUUAAGGAUUUUUAUUCGGCGUCUUUGGCCCCAUUACAAACAGAACUUGUCCGGAAUCUUCCAACAAAAGUGAAAAGUCUCAUCCGUCUCAUUAAAUACUGGAACAAGGAGAAAGUGAAGCCAAUGCUACUAAGCAGGUGCCCAACGUCUUAUCUCUAUGAAGUUAUCAUAAUGGAUAGAUGGGUAAAAACUGGAAGACCUGAUUCCUUUGACAUGACGCGGGCGGCACACGACGUUCUGACCUCUCUUAAAAACAACAGAGACUUCAAAAUAUUGACUACUGAGCUAGCGAAAUACGACAGACGUGUAGCAGAUAUAAGAGCCGAGACCUAUAUCAUGGAUCCGUGUAACCCAACCAACGAUCUGUACAACAGUCGGUUCUGGAAUUGGGAUGGGGUUUCAUAUGUGGCCUAACUCUGGCUUAAUCAGUCAGCGUUUCAGGGAAUCAGCGGAACUGCUGAAAGUUGGACAAGCUGAAUACAAUCGGACAGAGUUUGCCGGUAUUGUGUUUAGAAACCGUGUGAUGUACUCAGUUCUCAUUCUUUAUUUUUCUAACAGUUAAGUGCUCAAAUUGAAAAGAGAGAAAAAUAUGUAUAACACAACACAUGCUUAAUAUACCACACACUUUAACACUUUUUAGACAUUUAACAAGCAUAAUGCACUUUUGUGUAUAUUCAUUAUCUCAGAUCCCAAUUUAUCAAAACAUUUUAGUCUCUCAUAACUUGAUAAAAUAAAGCUCAAUAUCUUUAUUUCUGAUAUAAGUUAUGUUAUAUUCUAAUUUAAAUGAGACUAUUAAUGUAAACAAUAUUGAUGACAGUCAAGAUAUUGUAAUUAUUUUGUUGGUAAAAUCAAGUUAGUGAUUUGGCUAAAUAGAAUAAUACACUGAAGUUUCUUAUGCUACAGAUUUUCAAGAAAUUGGGGCCAGAUUAUCAUCUUGAUCAUAAUGCCAUAGAACGUAUUUUCUUGCUAUUUACUUCAUGUUCAGUUAUACUAUGUUUUAUAUCGUAAUGUACAUUGUCAUAUAAUAACAAGUUUACAACAUUUUUUAAGAUGUCGCCAUUCGUUUUGAAAAUGUAUUUUUGUAACGAAAAAAAGUAUAUUUAUAUUACAUCAGUUCGCACGAUUGUAUCCAUUGAGACCAUCGGCUACAUAUUGCCGAUUCAGCAGUCGAGCGUAUGAAUGGCCAUUAUCAGCGUUAUAAGAGACCAUCAUUGUUUUGUUUCAUGAAUAGAUAGAUCAUCAUGUAUGUCGAUUAUAUAAUCUCUAUGAUGUCAUAUCUGGUGGUUUUCAAUUAAAAUAAACAUGUCUUCUUGUAAAUUAUCAGCUAUAUAAUGUCAUCUGUAGUUCCAAAGUAUAACUAUAUUUUUUUAUCUAUAUCAAUUACGAAACUACUCCUGGUAAUAACGCAAAUAUGGAAAUGUUUUAUUUUUAAUGUAUGUAAAUGUAGCAACUGAAAUUUAAGACUUAUGAAUAAUUAUAUUUAAACCUUAAUAAAAGUAAUUAUCACUGUUUCCGUUGGGAAUACCACUUGUGUUUAUAAAACGGAGUUAAUUAAUUUAUUUAUGUCGUAUCUGUGCUUGUUUGUUUUACAUUUUACUGACCAAGGCGUUACCUAACAAUCCUUGAUAAACAUACCCAGUUUUUUAUAUAGUAUAUAUGCACUGUGUUGUUUGUGGAGUUUUGUGCUGUUGUUCCAUGUUUCUUGUUUGUGAUUUUUUGUUUUUGUGUUCUAUGUCUUUGGCGUUUACGCUGUGCCAUUAAACGAGGGUUUUGUUUAAACUUUUGGCUACAGAGCUUGUUUCUGUAGUUGUUCACAUAAGUAUUGAUACCCUCACCUGAUUAUUGGCUGUUGCGAUAUUUUGAUCGUCUAUGUAAUAAAGGUAAUUGUUGU